CCCCGCUCCCCUCGGCGGAGGCCCGGAAGGGGCCACUCGCGCUUCCGUCUCCGCCGGGUCUGCACGGAGGGCGGAGCUGCGGGCCGAGGACGCGACGCGAGCACAGUUCCGGCGAGGAGGCCGCGCCAGUGACAGCGAUGGCGGCGGAGUCGGCGCUCCAAGUUGUGGAGAAGCUGCAGGCGCGCCUGGCCGCGAACCCGGACCCCAAGAAGCUAUUGAAAUAUUUGAAGAAACUCUCCACCUUACCUAUUACAGUAGACAUUCUUGCGGAGACCGGGGUUGGGAAAACAGUAAAUAGCUUUCGAAAGCACGAGCAAGUUGGGAGCUUUGCCAGGGACCUCGUGGCCCAGUGGAAGAAGCUGGUGCCUGUGGAACGAAACAAUGAGGCUGAGGAACAGGACUUUGAGAGGAACAAUUCACGAAAGCGCCCUCGGGAGGCUCUUCAGAGGGAGGAAGAGAUGGAAGAGGACUACCAGGAAAACUGGAAAGCUUCUGGCAGCCGAUCCUAUAGCCCUGAGCACAGACAGAAAAAACACAAAAAGCUCCCAGAGCUUGAAAAAUCUCACAAAGUGUCUCACAGUCAUGAGAGGAGAGAUGAAAGAAAGAGGUGUCUCAGAGUAUCACCAGCAUACUCUUCAGACCCUGAAUCUUCUGACUAUGGCCAUGUCCAGUCCCCUCUGUCCUCUGGAAGUCCUCAUCAGAUGUACACAGACCAUUACAGGUCCCCAGAGGAGGACCAUGAGCCCACUGUUCCACAUCAGAAACCUGGAAAAGGUCACAGUAAUGCCUUUCAGGACAGACUGGUGGUCAGCCAAGAGCGACACCUGGGUGAACCCCAGGGGAAAGGGAUUGUGAACCCAAACAAGGAGCACAAAUCUUCCCAUAAGGAGAAACGCUCCAGAGAAGCCAAGAGUGAUGAGAAGUCCUCUUUGGGCAGAGAAAAACCACACAAGACCCUCUCCAGAGAGGAAAACCGAAGGCCGCCCUCAGGGGACAGCACCAAGGAGAAACUGCCCUCUAGUGCUGUCAAGAAAGAGAAGGAAAGAGAAGGGAGCAGCCUCAAAAAGAAGUGUUUACCCUCUGUGGAGAUUGCUUCAGACAACCACCUUAAAAAGUCAAAGCACAAGGACUCCGAGAAAACCAAGUCAGACAAAAGCAAACAAAGUGUACGUGGCUUGGACAUAGGAAAAGGGGCGGGAGAUCUACCCAAAACAAGAGAAAAGGUUUCUAACAACCUCAAGGCUCAGGAAGGGAAAGUAAAAACUUCUAAUUUGGAUAGAAAGUCACUGGGCUCGCUCCCUAAAGUACAGGAGGCAGACAUGGAUGAUGAAUUUGAGCAGCCCACCAUGUCGUUUGAGUCAUACCUCAGCUAUGACCAGCCCCGCAAGAAAAAGAAGAAGGUUGUGAAAACUUCAACCACAGCAGCUGGGGAAAAAGGAUUUAAAAAAAGUGAUUCUAAAAGCACUAGUAAAAACUUGGACUCAGUUCAGAAAUUGCCCAAGGUGAAUGAAAACAAAUCUGAGAAGCUACAGCCAACUGGAGCCAAUUCAGCCAGGCUGAGAAAGGUCCCCACUGAAGCAUUGCCAGUGUUGCCAGACCUCCCAUUACCCACAAUCCAGGCCAAUUACCGCCCACUUCCUUCCCUUGAAUUCAUGUCCUCCUCCCAGCCAAAGCGAAAAGCAUUCUCUUCGGCCCAGGAAGAAGAAGAAGCUGGAUUCACUGGGCGAAGAAUGAACUCCAAGAUGCAGGUGUACUCUGGUUCCAAGUGUGCCUAUCUCCCCAAAAUGAUGACUUUGCACCAGCAGUGCAUCCGUGUACUCAAAAACAACAUUGAUUCCAUCUUUGAAGUGGGAGGAGUCCCCUAUUCCGUUCUUGAACCCGUUUUGGAGAGGUGUACACCUGACCAGCUGUAUCGCAUAGAGGAAUACAAUCAUGUUUUAAUUGAAGAAACAGAUCAAUUAUGGAAAGUUCAUUGUCACCGCGACUUUAAGGAAGAAAGACCAGAAGAGUAUGAGUCCUGGCGGGAGAUGUACCUACGGCUUCAGGAUGCCCGAGAGCAGCGGCUACGAGUCCUAACAAAGAAUAUCCGAUCUGCACAUGCCAAUAAGCCCAAAGGCAGACAAGCAAAGAUGGCCUUUGUCAACUCUGUGGCCAAGCCACCUCGUGAUGUCCGGCGGAGGCAGGAGAAGUUUGGAACAGGAGGAGUAGCUAUCCAUGAGAAAGUCAAGAUUAAGCCAGCCCCGUACACCACAGGAAGCAGCCACACUCCCACCAGUAGCAACAACUUUAACUCUAGCCUGGAGGAGCCAGCCUACGAUGGCCCCAGUACCAGCAGUGCCCAUUUGGCACCAGUGGUCAGCAGUACUGUUUCCUAUGAUCCUAGAAAACCGGCUGUGAAGAAAAUUGCCCCGAUGAUGGCCAAGACGAUUAAAGCCUUCAAGAAUAGAUUCUCCAGGCGAUAAACUGAGGACUUGCCUUGGAGAUGGAAUUUGGGAGACAGGGACAAUGGGGACUGGGGAGUGAGCCUUCCAAAGGAGGCCAGAAUCUUUUGCUUUGUGGAACCUUUUAGGCUCUGAGUCCUGCAUAUCUCCAGGUGUUGGCCCUGUGUGCCACAGCCCCAUGCCCUGCCCGGAGCACGCUUCAGAAUUCUGAAGACGAUGUGAAGCCUCAGUCUCACUGAGGAUUUUAAGGUCAAUUAUACUUUUGUUGCUAAUUAGAAUCUUUGUAAACCAUAAGACAUAGUUUUAAUUAAUAAAUAUUGCCCCCAGAUUGUAUUUAUAUUACCCCCAGAGUUUUUUGGGGGGGUUUUGUUGUUGUUUCGUCCUUUACCACACACUUAGCCUUUUCUUUCCCAGGUCCUUUGUUGAAGCUAGAUGAAAGCUAUUCCCCAUCCCAGGUUAGCUCUCCAGAGUGGACUCUGGUCCACAGGGAGGACUGGGCAGCCCUGCAGCGCGUGCAGUACUUGCUGCACAUAGGGGCCAGGAGUGAAUGUCAAGCCCAUCCUCAGGGGAGCCUAGCGUGGAGACAGCUGUGUUUGGGGGUCCUCACCCUGAGUCCCUCCACAGUGUUGCUCCAGGUUCUAUGCAGGUGCCUCUUUCUACCCACUCAGUCGUAUUUAUUAAGGGAGGCUCUUUGUAAAGUCCAGUCCUUCCACCAUCUUUGUAAGUCCCUUUUUUCUUUAUUUUAAAUGAGGCUCACUAGAGGACACAGAACCUUGAGAGAUUAAUUUGCACAGAAUCAGCAGUUUUAUAAUUUCCAGUUUCUGAUUCAAAUUUUAGGUGACCUUCCCCCAACUCCCUACGCCCUAGCACAGAAAAAAAACAGGCAUGGCAGGGUUUGUUAUAAAGCCUUGAAUGUGGCUUUGGAGUUUUAAAAGCCAGCACUUUAAUCUUGGUCUCUAUGAAUUACCACUAGAAGUGAAUGGUUUUUAAAGUUGCAGAGCUCUGUUGGAAAUUGCUUUUGUUUUUGAAAGGUAAGACUGUGUGACUAGAGGAGCACAACAGUCUGCUGUGUCUGACAGAAACUCUACAGCCCAAGCCCUCUAUCCUUAGUGUUUAAGCUGGGACUGGAAGAAGGGGCCACCUGGGGAAGCUGUCUGAGCUGUCAUGUCAGUUCAGGGGAACUGCAGGGACAUCCAUCAAAUUGGAGGGGAGGCUCCUGCUUUCUGCUUGAUGUGAGAGCAAGAUCAGAACUAGGAGGGCAGUGUCCACUCCUUCCUUGCUGUCGAAGAGCACAGAACUAGUAAGAACUGCCUAGUGGUGACCAAGGUGGAUAUAGAUCCUAGGAAUUUGGGAUGUGGAACCUUAGAAACCUAUAGAGCAGUCUUGAGGGUGAAGCCGGCUAGUGUGCUAGACAGCCUGCUUAGCUUGGCCAGCAGUUCCCUCUACAACCUCUCUCAAGGCCUAGAAUUUUGGAGCCCACCAUUUUCACCAUCUUGGAGAGCUCCGCUAGGCUAACCUUGAUUCCAGGGCACCGCGGGAAGUCUGUACUCCUCGGUGUGUUGCUGUACAGGGUGCCUGUUGUAGUGGGACACAAGUAUUGCUGGGUUUUAAUUUGCUAUAUCUUUGAAUUGAGUAAAGCAUUCUUUCUCUUGAUUUGCUUGUUUCACCCCUACCCCCAGCCCAGUCCCCAGAUCUAAUAUUAGAAAGCCUUGGGCUGGGGAUUUAGCUCAGUGGUUCUGCUGCCUGCCUCGCAAGUGCAAGGUCCCGAGUUUGAUCCCUGGUACCAAAAAAUAAAAAUAAAAAAAUAAUAUUAGGAAGCCUUUUACCUGAAACUAAAUGAACAUUUGGAUCACGUGCCAGGCACCUGCUGCCUGGAAUAGCUUCUUCUAGGUGUCUAUCACCUUGAACUUGUCUCUUAGCUAUGUCUCUGAUUCUUUGCUAUUGAACCAGUUUUUCAUAUUUCAAGUUCAGUUGUAUAUGAUUUAAAUCCCCUUAUUAGAAGCCUUUAAGUGGGAAAGGAAGAAAGGACACAAAUUUGUCCAUCCCAUCGUCAGUAUCCACUUUUGGCACAUAAAGAUUCCUGCUGAACCCUGUUGGCGUGGAGCCAGAUCUCCCCCCGUACCGCUCUGGGCGUCUGAGUCAAGGAUGUGACCUGGGGAGAAGGGUGGGCUAAAUACCGAGUUCUAGAUGGCGCCUCACCAGCUCGGUGGAAUGGCUGCAGAGCGGGUGCAGAUGUGGAAACUCUGGUCUCAUUUGUGACGCCUCGUGCAGUCUUUUUCUGUGCUACACUACACAUGAAUCACCAAAUUACAGAUUAGCCCUUUGUGAUCCUUGGUGUGACAGGCAGGUUCUCUGGGGGCUUUUCUUUCUUUCUUGGAGGCAGGAGGGGAAGGAGCAAGGUGUUGUCCUGCUCUUCAUUUGUAUUUUGGUCCCAAAAUGUAAAUACAAUUUUCUAUGUUACUUUUUUGUGGUAACUAUCAAGAUGAAUAUUUUAAUUAGAUAAGUUAUACAAAAACAAAAAUCCCAUGGCUAAAUAAAAACAAAAAACUCCA